AUGCCCGCUUUUGAGGAACACGAGCGGGAUUUCUAUGACUAUGAACAAGAGGCUAGCAGGUGUGGCUGUUUCCGAGUUUUCGAUUACAGACGGUGGCGACAGCACGAGGAGGAGGAUGAUAAUGAUGGAGGAGAAGGAUGGCUGAUGAACAAGUUGAGGAGGAUGAAGGAGGCUUUGGAAGUAAUUGCAAGGCCUAAAUGGAAGACGUUCAUUAGAAAGAUGAAUUGCAGAAAGCAAAACAACAGGUUUCAAUAUGAUGAACAUAGCUAUGCUCUUAAUUUCAACAAUGGCACUAUAGUGAAGAUGAAGACGACCUGGACUUCCCCCUAG